CCACCCCUUCCUUCGCUUCCUUCCUUGCUUCUGGAGACGUCCACGUUCAUGGCGCGGCCUCGCCUGUCUCAUCAUUUUCCUCCUAGGCUCUGCCGCCUUCAUCCUCCAUCUCGUCUGGAGCUGGUAUGAGCCCCACUUCCACGUCGACCUCGUCAUGUACGACCGUGCGUGGAUCCAGAACGAGCUGCUCCCGCUUUCUCCCCUCGCCGGGUGUUUCGAGGAGGGCUCACCCGCGCACGCGUCUCUCAAAGGCGAAUACAACGUGACAGAUGCGCUUUGGGGGUCUAGGACAUACGAGGUGCAGGGAGGUCUCUCGAUGCGCCUUGGUAUGGACUGCUAUGAGAUGGCAGGGACUGUUGGUGGCGGAUCAGAGCAGACACGCCCUGCAGGGAGGAUACCCCCGGACGAGCGGAGACAGUUCCACACGUAUUGGCGUAACGACCUCGCUGCUUUCGGGCCUCGCCAAGAGCAGAUGCUCCGCUCAUUUUUCGCAACGCAAGACGUGGACAAUUCACGCCUUAUCAUGUGGUCGAAUGGUCCAGGGCUCGAGAAGAACGAGGUCAUCAAGCGGUACAUGGCCACAUUCCCCGAUAGUCUUAUCCUACGCAUCGUUGAUAUUCCGGAUCUAUCGCGAGGGACUGCGAUGGAGAACAGCCCGUUGCUCAAUCUCGAAGACGCGAAGGCGUGGGUCGACGGAGACCUCGUCCGCCUCCUGGUGAUCUGGGAGCUCGGCGGGACAUGGGUCGACAUGGACAUGCUCCUCACGCGCGACCUCGCCCCGCUUCUUGAGCACGAAUUCGUCACACAAUGGGACUGCUGGGACAAACCCUUCCAAGCGCUCAACGGCGCACUCAUGCACUUCCGCAAACACUCGGGCUACCUCUGCGAAGCCUUCCACCUCAUGGCGAACUCGACCCCGCCCCGCUCGCCGUCCACCGACUGGGGCGCGAUCCUCUAUCUCCGUCUGCACCGGCGCCUGCUCGCCGCGGGCGUCCCGCCCUUCAAGGUCCUGCCCUCGUGCUUCGCUGACCCGCUCGCGUGCCGACUUGACAACGGCGCGCCGGACCCUUUCGAGCCUGAUCGCUCGGACGGGCGCUGGCUCGGCUGGGUAUGGGGCAGCGGGAGCCAGCUCGGGACGUGGGCGGGCAAGGGGCUGUGGGGUGGUAAGGCGGGGACGACGUACGUCGACGACCUAGGUGCGGAGGCGAUUGGAAUGGGCGACGGAAGCGGGAUUGGGAGCGGACAGGGCAAGGCGGGUGUGGAUCAGUAUGAUCGGCCGUAUGCGAGCGGUGGUGGGCUAGAGGAGGGAGGGGCUUUGGACAGGGCGAUGCACAAGAUAUUUGCGCUGCACUUGCACAACAGAUGGGGGAAGCCCUUCCCGAAGAAUGGGUGGAUCGAGAGACUGCUGCUGAAGAAGUACGAUAAGACCCUGGAGGGGAAGAUACCGCAGGAGUUAUAGGUUUACUUUCUCCAUACAGUGCGUUAUCAACAUAGAUGUCGGGUCGCUCACCGUAUGUCAUCUGGGCUGUGCGUGCUAUAACAUGGG